AUGAGCAGCAGUACGUUUUGGCACAACCUGCUAAAGUUGUCUGGUGAGCUGGCCAAGCUUGAGGACCCUGGGGCGCGCGUGCGCCAGUUGCUGUGGGAGGCAGCGUGGUGCAUGCUCACCGUCGCCCUCAUCAGUGGCAAGGACGUGGCCCAGCUGCUGCUGGGAGUUAGUGAAAACAAGUCGGUGGUGAUCAUGCUGUGGCGGUGCUGGCUGCUGUGCGUCCUGCAUGUCAUCUCCAUGGUGCUGCUGAACCUGCUGAUUGCGCUCGCGUCGGACUGCGCAGAUGUUGAGUUCCAGCUGCUACGUGGCUGA